CCGGAAGCAGGAAGCGGCGGGCUGUGCUGUGCCGGGCCGCGCCGGGGCGUCCACGCGCGAGCGCGGCCGGGCCAUGACGGGCAAGUCGGUGCGCGACGUGGAGCGCUACCAGGCCGUGCUGGGCAGCCUGCUGGGCGAGGACGAGAACAAGUACUGCGCCGACUGCCAGGCCAAAGGGCCGCGAUGGGCGUCCUGGAAUAUCGGAGUGUUCAUUUGUAUCCGCUGUGCUGGGAUCCAUCGCAACCUAGGAGUUCACAUUUCCAGGGUCAAGUCUGUGAAUCUCGACCAGUGGACACAAGAACAGAUACAGUGCAUGCAGGAGAUGGGGAACGGAAAGGCAAACCGUCUGUAUGAAGCCUACCUGCCAGAGAACUUCAGGCGACCUCAGACUGAUCAAGCAGUGGAGGGCUUCAUUCGGGAUAAAUAUGAAAAGAAGAAAUACAUGGACCGAAGUAUCGAUGUCAGCGUUUUCAGGAAAGAAAAGGAUGACAAGUGGAAGAGGAGUGGCGAGCCAGCAUCAGAGAAGAAACUGGAGCCCAUAAUCUUUGAGAGAGUGAAAAUGCCUCAAAAGAAAGAAGAAAUGCAACAAGCCAGGAAAAGUCCCCCGAAAUCAACAGAACCUGUAGUGGACUUGUUGGGACUUGAUGCUCCUGUGACCAGCACUGUUCCAAAUGGCAGGCCUAGCAGUUUAGAAAAGGAUCUUGACCUCUUUGCCUCUGUGGGAUCAAACUCUGUCUCUGACUCCAGAAAGGUCGUUGGUUCCAUGCCAACAGCAGGAAGUGCUGGGUCUGUUCCUGAAAACCUGAAUUUGUUUCCUGAGCCAGGGAGCAAAGUGGAGGAGACAGGAAAGAAACAGCUCUCAAAGGACUCCAUCCUUUCUCUCUAUGGUUCCCAGACACCUCAGAUGCCUGCUCAAGGUGCAAUGUUCAUGGCCCCUGCUCAGGUGACGUACCCUGCAGCCGCGUACAGUGGUUUUCCAGGCGUCACUCCACCCAGCAACAUGAUGGGAGGCAUGAUGGCACCGCCCGUAGGAAUGAUGCCACAGCCUGGCGCUGCAGGGAUGGUGACUCCUAUGGCCAUACCAGCUGGAUAUGUAGGUGGCAUGCAGGCAGCCGUCAUCGGUGUUCCCAACGGCAUGAUGGCCACACAGCAAGCUGGGUAUGUAGCGGGCAUGGCAGCAGUACCACAGCCAGUGUAUGGCGUGCAACCAGCACAGCAGCUGCAGUGGAACCUAGCUCAGAUGACCCAGCAGAUGGCUGGGAUGAACUUUUAUGGCGCUAAUGGCAUGAUGGGAUAUGGACAGUCAAUGGGCGGAGGAAGUGCCCAGGGAAGCAAUCAAACCCUCAGCACUCAGAUGUGGAAAUAACCCCCCCUGCAUUCUGACCACUUCUCUGCCUUCGUUCUUUUUUUUUUUUUAACUGCUCCAUGAGACAUUGAGGGUUUUGGGGCGGGGUUUCCCUUUCUGAUGCUCUGCUCAGCCUGAGCCUCUCUUUCCAUAACUGAGACCCAUCUCUGCCUUGUUUGCUGUCAAUGCUACAGCGAAACCUCAGUGGCCAGAACACCACUUGCAGCUCCCCUGCACUCUGCACAGUCAAUGCACACUCGGAGGGGCCAUCUCUUCCCCCUUGAGCACACGCACGCAGCUUCACUAAUGCUUCUGGGAUCAUCUCUGCAUUCAGAGAAAAGGACAUCCUGGAGAAAUUGUGACUGAAGUAGUGGAUUGAGUAUUUAGUACUGUCUGCACUUACAGGCCUUUUUAGAGAUCACUUAAGCAGUGGUACUAGGUGGGAGAGGGGGCAGGUCACUAAUGAGCCUUUAUUUGGUGCUGAGGAACGGGAUUUUAAUACAACCCAAACCCUAAGGGGCAAGAGAGUCUUGCCACCUGCGUUUUCUUUUCUUUGCUGUGGAGUUGUCUGGAGCUGAGGCCUUGCUGGGCUUGGCUGGUCAACCUUCAUUGGAACCAAAGUCAUUUUUGAAGGCCCCUGCUGUGAGCAAGCGGGAUCUCCCACGGCGCGGGGCACAAACCGUUUGGAAUGUGAAACUUGCACUUCUUCAGAGUGGCUUUUUUUUUUCCCCCCCUGUCUAAUCUGUGGUGUUGAUGUAUUUAAAAUGAGCAAGCAAACUUUUAAUGAACUAACAAAGAGAAUUUACUUUAUCAAGGGCCAAGAGCUUGUCGUAAAGCUUUUUCUUACACUUUAAAAAGUGAUUCUGACAUCCUAAUUUAUACUUUUUCAUAUUGCUUUGUUUUGUUUUGUUCCUAUGUAAGCCCAGUUCCUGGCUAUCUCCUGACCUUCUGGUCUCUAAGUAUAGAAAAGUGGGUGCAUUAGACAUUUUUUUUUCUUUUCUUUCCAUCGCAUCCACAUCCCUAGAAAACAUUCGCUUGAAAGACUUCAUCAGUGUGAAAUAAAAAAAGUGAGAAGCUCUCGGUUUACUUUAUCCUGUGUAUAUGUAAAUUCCUUAAUAAAAUAUUGCAGUGAAACAUCAA